AUGAAGGGUGAAGGAAUUAAAUUUACUCUGAGAAGUUGGAAUCUGAAGCACACAUGCAAUGGAAAUGUUAAAGGGGAGAACAGAUGUGAAAAUCCAACAUUUGUAGCUGAUUGGUACAUGGAAAGGUUGGAGACUCUUGGAAACAAAAACAACAUCCCUGAUCCUGAGUCAUUGGCAAAUGAGUUCAACAAAACAAUGAAGGUUAACAUUAAGUACCAUACAUCCUGGAGAUCAAGAAAUAUUGUGUUGCAUAAUCUUUAUGGCAGCUAUAAGGAGCAGUACAAGAAAAUUCUUGCAUUUUGUGAAAUGGUGAAGGAAAAAAUGUCUGGAAGUGUAGCUAGUUUCUCAUAUGGAAGAACAUACAACACAUUCUUGUCAAUGACACUCUGCUUCAAGCCUGCUAUAGAAGGAUUCUUGGCUGGAUGUAGGAAAAUCAUUGAAUUGGAUGCUUGCCAUUCGUAUGGGAAGUAUGGUGGCGUGUUAAUGGUUGCAACAUGUCUAGAUGGUCAGAAUGGUUUAGUUCCUCUUGGUAUAAUGGUGUGUAGGAAUGAAACCAUUGAGAAUUGGAAGAUAUUUCUCAAAGACUUGAAAGCUAUACUAGGUGAAGACUUUCAUUUCACCAUUAUAUCAUACAAGCAGAAGGGAUUAGAUGAAGCUUGUGACAAAUACUUCUGCUUGGAUGAGCACAGAUUAUGUUUCAGACAUUUGACGAAGAAUUUCAAUAAGUAUUUCAAGUCAUACAGCUUACACACUCAUUUCUGGAAUGCUGCCAAAUGUUACAAGAAGAGACACUAUCAGCAACACAUGGAUAAAUUGUUUGCUGAGGAUGAUAAAGCUGCACUGUAUCUCUUAGAUCAAAAACCUGAAUGCUGGUCUAGGUCUCAUUUCUCAAAUGAUAGCAAGUGUGAGCACAUUAACAAUAAUUUCUCAGAAUCUUUCAACAACAUGGCCAAGCCCUUCAGGGAUAAGGCUAUCAUUACAGUUGGACAAAUAUAUGCUAACCUGGUGAUGGGUCUUUUCUUCAAGAGUAGGAAUGAAUGUGAAAAGUGGCAGGAUGGUCAGAUAGUGCGAAAGGCAAUGAAGUUGAUUACAAAGAUGCAGGACUUAACUCAUCUAUUUGAGUUAACUGGAGCUGUAAGGGGAAAGGUGUAUGAGGUCAAGAGUGUUCAUGAUGCUGUGUUUGUUGUGGAUCUUCCCAAAAAGACAUGUAGUUCUUUGCAGUGCUACUGUGACCCUGUGUACAGUGUGGAAUAUUACAAAAAGACAUAUGCUCUAGAGUUUGAACCACUGUCAGCUGAAAUUGACCGGAAUAUACUGGUAGAGUUCAUUGAUCCUCCUGUUAUCAUAAGGAAAACUGGAAGGCCAAGGAAGAAGAGGAUUCCUUUUUAUGAUGAAGCUGGAAGUGUGAAGAAAAUGAGAAAGUGUAAGAAGUGUGGAGUUUAUGGUCACUAUGCAGUAACUUGUGGUGGUGGAGAGGUUGGAAAGAAUCCAAAGGAAAACAAGCCUAGAACUUGUGUUGAUGGCUCAACACCAUCUACUUAUGUCCCUAAACCAUCAAAAAGAAAGUACAACAGAAAGAAACCAGUUGUUAGUGCUUCUGCAGGUGCAUCUAUUACUGCUAAGGAUGGAAUGAAGAACAACAACAGUUCCAAAACAUGUGUUAGUGAAUCUUCUAAACAAGGUGCUGCAAAAUCAGUCCAAGGGAGUAAGAGAAAGGCUUCUUCUCAACCUGCUUUCAAUCAGAAUAACAAACAUGUUGGAUCUGUCAACAACAAAGUCACAUUCACAGUUGCAAAUCCAAAGGGAAAGAAGAAGAAACCAAAGAAGUACAUGAAAAUCUGA